AUGAUGGAAAAAUUGGCGAUGAACUCAGACGUUAUUAGUGGCCAGCUUAAAGAAGCUUUAAAUAGAAGAAUCUUGCAGAGGAGAUACUACACUGAUAAAGCUGCUACAAUUGUCUUUGAAGUUGAAGAUGACCAGCCUUUAAGAGAAAUACAAAGACAGCAGCGCCUUGAAGAUGAGAGGGAACAGGAGACAGACAAGACAUUUAAGGAACAGUUAAAGACAAAAGUUAAUGAAUCCUUGCACAAUGCUGAUGAGGUAUCAACAAAACAUUUGUCCGAAAACGAUGACUUGGAAACAUCUGUCAGGGUGGAAAUGGCGUUAUUUGAUCGAAGGGGAAGGGAAGGGCCCUAA